CUGCAGGAGGAGGAGCUGGAGCUGGAGCAGCAGGGGCGGCGGGGGAUCGGGAUCCGGAUCGGGAUCGGGAUCGGAGGAAGAGGAGGCAGGGCCUCGUUCCCCCAGCGCCCCCGUGACUCCGCCGGGAAUCGCGCUCCCCCCUCGGGGGCCCUCGGGCCUGUGCCGCACGCCGCUCUCCCGCCCCCCGCCCGGAAUGGCGUCGGACAGUCCGGAGACGCUGAUGGCGCUCUGCACCGAAUUUUGCCUCCGCAACCUGGAGGGCACCCUGGGCUACCUCCUGGACCACCAGCCCCCGAGGUCGCACCCUGACAUCUUCCUGCCCAGCGAGAUCUGCGACCGGCUCGUCAACGAGUACGUGGACCUGGUCAACGCGGACUGCAACUUCGAGCCGCACGAGAGCUUCUUCAGCCUGUUCUCGGACCCACGCAGCACCCGGCUCACCCGGGUCCACCUGCGGGAGGAAGUGGUGCAGGACCAAGAUCUGGAGGCCAUCCGGAAGCAGGACCUGGUGGAGCUGUACCUGACCAACUGCGAGAAGCUGACGGCCAAGAGCCUCCAGACCCUGGGCAGCUUCAGCCCCACCCUGGUGUCCCUCAGCCUGUUCGGCUGCGGGAACAUCUUCUACGAGGAGGAGAACCCCGGGGGCGGCUGCGAGGACGAGUGCCUGGUCAACCCCACCUGCCAGGUGCUGGUCAAGGACUUCACCUUCGAGGGCUUCAGGCGCCUGCGCUUCCUGAACCUGGGCCGCAUGACGGAGGGGGUGCCCGUGGAGCCCCUGCUGCGGCCGCUGAGCGCCCUGGCCGCCCUAGACCUGUCGGGCAUCCAGACCGGCGACGCGGCCUUCCUGACCCAGUGGAAGGACAGCCUGGUGUCCCUGGUGCUCUACAACAUGGACCUGUCGGACGAGCACAUCCACGCCAUCGUGCAGCUCCACAAGCUGCGGCACCUGGACAUCUCCCGGGAUCGACUGUCCAGCUACUACAAGUUCAAGCUGACGCGGAAGGUGCUGAGCCUGUUUGUGCAGAAGCUGGGGAACCUGGUGUCCCUGGACAUCUCGGGCCACAUGAUGCUGGAGAACUGCAGCAUCUCCAAGAUGGACGAGGAGGCCGGGCAGACCAGCGUCGAGCCGUGUAAGAGCAGCAUCGCCCCGUUCCGGGCCCUGAAGCGGCCUCUGCAGUUCCUCGGGCUCUUUGAGACCUCCCUCUGCCGCCUGACUCACAUCCCAGCCUAUAAGGUGAGCGGGGACAAGAACGAGGAGCAGGUGCUGAACGCUAUCGAGGCCUACACCGAGCACCGCCCCGAAAUCACCUCUCGCGCCAUCAACUUGCUCUUCGACAUCGCACGGAUCGAGCGCUGCAACCAGCUGCUCCGGGCCCUGCAGCUGGUCAUCGCAGCCCUCAAGUGCCACAAGUACGACAAGAACAUCCAGGUGACGGGCAGCGCCGCCCUCUUCUACCUGACCAACUCGGAGUACCGUACCGAGCAGAGCGUCAAGCUGCGCCGCCAGGUCAUCCAGGUGGUGCUCAACGGCAUGGAGUCCUACCAGGAAGUGACGGUGCAGCGGAAUUGCUGCCUGACGCUGUGCAACUUCAGCAUCCCCGAAGAGCUGGAGUUCCAGUACCGGCGGGUGAACGAGCUGCUGCUCAACAUCCUCAACCCCACGCGGCAGGACGAGUCCAUCCAGCGCAUCGCCGUGCACCUCUGCAACGCCCUGGUCUGCCAGGUGGACAACGACCACAAGGAGGCCGUGGGCAAGAUGGGCUUCGUCAUGACCAUGCUGAAGCUGAUCCAGAAGAAGCUAAUGGACAAGACGUGUGACCAGGUCAUGGAGUUCUCCUGGAGCGCCCUGUGGAACAUCACCGACGAGACUCCCGACAACUGCGAGAUGUUCCUCAACUACAGUGGCAUGAAGCUCUUCCUGGAGUGUCUGAAGGAAUUCCCAGAGAAGCAGGAGCUACACCGGAACAUGCUGGGACUGCUCGGGAAUGUGGCAGAGGUGAAGGAGUUGCGGCCCCAACUGAUGACCUCACAGUUCAUCAGCGUCUUCAGCAACCUGCUGGAGAGUAAAGCGGACGGAAUCGAGGUGUCCUACAACGCCUGCGGGGUCCUGUCCCACAUCAUGUUCGACGGGCCGGAGGCCUGGGGGAUCCGCGAGCCGCGGCGGGAGGAGGUGGUGGACCGCAUGUGGGCGGCCAUCCAGAGCUGGGACAUCAACUCCCGAAGGAACAUCAACUACAGGUCAUUUGAGCCGAUCCUCCGCCUCCUUCCCCAGGGGAUAUCUCCCGUCAGCCAGCACUGGGCCACGUGGGCCCUGUAUAACCUUGUCUCAGUCUACCCUGACAAGUACUGUCCCCUGCUGAUCAAAGAAGGUGGCAUGCCGCUUCUGAAGGACAUGAUCAAUAUGGCAUCCACUCGACAAGAGACCAAGGAGAUGGCUCGGAAGGUGAUAGAGCACUGCAGUAACUUUAAGGAGGAGAACAUGGACACAUCCAGAUAGAGGCGGCUCCUCUUCUGUCUCUGGCCAGCACAGUCCCCAGCAUCUCUCUAACUCACGGUAUCGACGGUUGAAUCACCCUCACCAGCCCGGCAGUCAGAAAGGUCCCCGUUCUCUGCGGGUGUGACCCCAAUGAGAUGAAGGUGAACUGGGGGAACUUUUGCACAAACGAUGCUUUUCCUUAACAUUAGUGAGAGAGAGAGAGAGAGAGAGAUUAUAUAUAUAUAUUAUAUAUAUUAUAUAUUUUUUGUUUCAUUAGGAGGUAUGAAUUGAAGUAUUGCGUGUAUGAUUUCUGUAUAAAAGAAACAGAAACCCCCUCCCCUGUGGUAUCCUUAAGCCUUUCUUAGACCCGGACCCGGAGCCUCCAGUCCCCGUAGGUUUGUCCAUCUGGGGCGGACGGUGUGACUCGAUCGUGUUUCUCUGCUGGAAUUCCCUGAAGCCCCGAGAGCCACUCACCUUCCCCGCCACCGCUUUCCCAACCUUGGCCCCCGAGCCUGGGCUGGGCCCAGAGGAGCCGGGUCCUGGGGACGCCCAGGGCGGUCAAAGCCCCAGCUCGAGAUUUUUGACAGUUCCCGAGGAUGCCUGGUCAUCCCAGGUCUCUCAGAUCCACUUGACGUCCAUCUGUUGGGAGCUGGGCAGUGUUACCACACGAGCCCCCACGGCUGGGUUUCCCUAUUUUGGGCAGGUGGCGUCCUCUUCCUUGGAGAGCCUAGGAGAGGCGUGAUCAAGCCUCUCCCCUGUGUGGAAGAAAAACUCUCUGCUCUGUAAGGAAACCUCAGGCCCCCUCUGCCAACCACCACCCCCAGCCAUCCAGGGAGGAUGUCAUUUAGCCAAUUCUCUGUCUCGCUCAGCCUCCUUCCUCCACCCUUGCCGUGCAAACCUUAUGUUCACCGCCCUCCACACACCCGACUCUGAAUAUGUGGGCUGCCCGGUUUAGGAAAGAGUAUGGACUUUUUUUUUCAUCCCCUAACUCCUUCUCCCGAUCUCCCCAGAACACACGCACCAAACCCGUCCCUUGAUCUCCCCGCGGUUUCCCGGUCCCCCCCACUCCGACCGGCCAGGAGACAGAGCGAACACCAACCCCCCACCAGCAGAACUGAAUGGAGGUCACCUCCCCCAUUUAACCCCUUCCCUCUCCAUCCGGUCACCGUUUGCCCGAAGCCUCCAAGCCGGAGGGAUGCCGUGUGUCGGCCCGGAGGGGCCGGGGGUAGCCAGGACGCUUUGGAGAGGUUCCCUCCCCCCCGGCCGGCCCCGGCCCCCGGCAUCGCCUCCCACCCACCACGCUUCGGGACUUGUUCCAGCCACCAGGGCCCAUCGCCACAGAGACUGACAAGUUUUCUUGUGAACGGACAUUUCUUCAGACCAGCACAAAGGACACUUUCGGCGUGACGGCCCAUCCUGCGUCACAGAGCGCCCGAGGCCUGGGGCGGUGCGAUCCUCGACUCUUCUCUUUGGACCUCUGUGCUAUGUUAUGAGAGUGUGAGGCGUGAAACGUGUAUAUUUUUUUUUUCCCUCUCUUGCUUUUUAAGUGUCCCCCGAUCUCUCUUGAGUGUAUUGGGUUUUGGGCGGGGGGGAGGGUUGGGUUUUUUUGUUUUUGUUCUUUUUGGUGUAACUGUUUAUAAAUCGGAAGAACGAAACCCAUCGACAAGUUACCCGUGGAAGCCGAUCACCCCAAAAAUGUAUUUUCUUCCUCUUCCUAGCCUCGUCCCCGCCGGCUCCCCUCCAAGCGUUUGUGCGUCAGUAACGAGUGGCGGAGAGUAGUCGGAGAUGCGUUUGUACAUUUUCUCCUUGACUCUCACCUUCCCUGCCCCAGAAGGUAGAGGUUUUGCUGCUUUCUCGUCUUCCCAGUGUGGGAGCGGUGCUGAAUUGGGCAUCUGUCAGCUGGCUGCUGGGGUUUUUCCCCACCCCUCGUCGUCCUCCCCCCGGCCCCGGCUGUGCCGCCCCUGGUUGAAAGGCAGCGGUGGGCAAGGGGCAUGAUGUUUGGACUUAAAUCAGCACCCAGGUUUUCUGUGUAGGCGUCUGUACCCCUUGGGGUGUCCCGGAAAUACAUUUUUGUGUAAAAAGGA